UUUAAUUGGUUAGAUUGGAUUUGUCUUUUACUAAUGCAGUAUACUGUGAUUAAAAUCAACUAAUGUCCAUUUGAUUGUUGCGUUCAACUUUGUUUAUGUUUACUUAUUAUCAUUCAACUAGUUAAACUUGCAAUCAACAUUAAAACGCUUCGAUUCAUUGUGGUCAAAUUAUGAAAUUACAUCUCAUUUUAUUGUUACUCAUUUCAUCCUUGAGAGGAGGACUUUUAGAAAACGUUCAAAUAUUGGAAUGUAAGUUUACUGAAAAUUUUUGCCAAUGGAAAGAUCUAGGCUCAAAUGGCUGGGUUUUGGGUGGUUAUAGCUAUUAUGAUCAAUCUGGGUUUGGACAACCAGCUAAGCAAAUUGAAAAUGAUGGAUUCAUUUAUUCCAAAAGUCCAACCAAAAGAAGUGAACUAGAGUCGCCAAUAUUAUAUGAUAAAGAACCCUUUUGUUUCAUCUUUAGUUGUUUCAUGUUUGGUUUAUCAGUUGGAUCUCUAGAACUACAAUUAGAAUCGGUAAUUGGAGAUGAUAUUUCAAAAUUCAACUCAAUAGGACAAAGUGUUUGGAAGCAAGAAGGAUCCAAAUAUGAUGGUUGGAUCCUUGGUAAAUAUCAUUUUGAUCCUUCACAGCACAAUGGUGACAUGUUUAGGUUAAAGUUUGUAGCAACAUCAGACGAUAUUGCUUUGAGUUCAAUAUCAGUUAAACCUGGUUCUUGUGAUUUUGAUUAUAAGUGCGAUUUUGAAGAUCCAUCUUUAUGUUUUUGGUUAAUUGAACCUGACCAUAAAAGUAAUUUCCGAUGGUUUGUGUCAAAUGGAUCAAACUCUCAACAUGAUUUAGUUGGUUACGAUGCAACAACUAAUACUGAAGCUGGACAUUUCAUGAGAACUCCAACAAAUGGACUUAUUGGUUCAUCUAGUGAUCUAAUCUCAACAAUUUACUUAUCAUCAAAUGAAGCUAAAUGUUUAUCAUUCAAACUUUUCAAGCAACAAUAUCCUUCGGACACUCUUCAACUUGACAUUGAAUCCAGAUCAGGUUCACGCUCCACCGUCUGGUCUCAACCAUAUGUUACCAAUCAACAAUGGGUUAAAGUCAAUGUAGACUUACCUUCUCUAGAUGAUAUUAAAUUAAUCCUUACAGCCUCUCGACACUCAGAAAGAUCAACUCCAAUAGCGAUAGAUGAGUUAGCAGUUAGUCCUGAACCUUGCUCAUCUCACGGUUACUGUAACUUUGAUUAUGGUUUAUGUGAUUAUACAAUUAAGAGCGGGGAAUUACUGGUUGGUUUUGGACGACUGCCUGAUCCUGCGGCAAUCAAUUGGACACCACUUAAAAAUAUUGACCCUUAUGAUUUAUUUGUUUAUACAAAUACACCAAAAAAUGAUGAGUUAGUUUCGUACUCAUUGGAAAGUCCUUUUAUUGAAAGAACUGAAAAUAAAACCUGUUUAUCUUUUUCAUAUGCCUUAACCUUUGAACGGAAAGGAAAAUUUUUGAUAAAAGUAACUUCGAAUGAGACAUCAGCCAGAGAUCAAAUCCAGUCAUUAAAUCCUGUAAAAUCAGAAGAGAAAUGGAAAACAGUGGAAUUACCUCUAUCUGAUUCUGGUCAGUUGUUUAAAUUUUCAUUUGAAUUCAGUGGAGUUCAACUGUUUGCAGCUAUUGACAAUAUUGUGGUUAACGAUUGUGCAUAUCAAGAGACUCCUGUUUGUUUCCAUCAUGGUUUGAUUGAUCGAAAAUGUAUUAAAAUUGUUCCCUCUGCAUUUAACAAUUGGCUCUUCAAGAAGCCCAGUCAAUUACCUAAAUCUUCGGACCUUGAUUACAAAUUUAAAAACGACUUUGUUUUAUUUUUCGAUGAACCAGUUGAUUUUCGUGAUAUUAGUUCAUUUUCUUACUUUUACAUUUCCAAUUUGAAGCCAAAUGUUAAAUACUGUCUAAAAUUCUGGUAUUCAAUCACUGGAAAUAUUGAACUGAAAUUAUGGACUGAUAAAAUGGACUCAGAUUUUAAUCAGUAUCUUCGUAAACCCUCUAUCGCCACAUUAAACAGUCAUUUUGGUUCCAACUGGGAUCAGGCAACAAUACAAUUGGAUGAUAUUUUUGAUGAAGAAAGUAAAUUAAUUUUUGGUGCAAGUCACACAGUCAAUUCUCAAGGAACAAUUAUUAUUGAAGGAUUAGAAAUGACUGAAGGAAGUUGUUCGAUUGAUUAUAAUUAUUAUUGCGAUUUUGAGACGGACUGUUCAUGGAAUAAUCUUGAUAAAGAUAGAUCAUUCGUUUUAACUGGAUCUAGCCAAGAAUACGCAGCAACAACCAAAUGGGAUCGUAGGAAGGCAGAAAAAUAUAGAGAAGACAAAACAUUAGGCACUACCAAUGGGCACUACAUAUCUCCGAAGAGCUAUAAUGAUAUCGCGAUUCUCCUGUUCCCUCCGAUCUACCUGUCUGAAAAAACAGCUGAAAUGUGUCUAUCUUUCCAUAUUAGAUACUUGGGUGACUCUUUAAAAUACAUGUAUGCUAUUGAAAUCAUCACUGAACAAGGUGGAGUGUUUAAACUCAUUCAAAAAGUCUCAAUGGUAAAGGAACUUGUUUGGGAAAAGGUUGUGACACCAAUCAAGUUCAAUCCCAAUUUAUCCAAAGAUGCGCGUAUUUAUCUUGUGGGAACUGGUGGUGUUGCUAUUGAUGACAUUCGCAUUGACAUGGGUACCUGUGCUGAUUCUUUCGUUUGUAGAAAUGGCAUGCAAUUAUCCCAAAAUCAAGUCUGUGAUUUCAUUGGAGAUUGUAUGACAGGUGAAGAUGAGCAUAAUUGUGGACUUUGUUCAUACGAAUAUUCAUAUAUACGCGAAUUUGGCUAUUUCGACGACACUCUUCCCGAAAAAUGUGAGACGAUAGCGAACAUCUCAUCAAGCUCAAAAGGGACUGAUCGAAAGACAAGUGCAUUUUUAAAACCAACUGCACCAACUUGUAAAUUGCAGUUUAAUUACUCGAAUGAUCAAAGGGAAUUUAAAAAUCUCAAGGUGCUCUUGCUAUUCAUAGUUGAACAUAAGAUUGAAGUGUGGCAUGAUUUGAUGUUUAAAUCUAUUCGGAAUGGCAUUGCUGAAAUCAACUUAGGCCGAAUACCAGUUCCAUUCCAACUUGAAUUCGUCACUCACUUGACAAGCAGUGAAUAUUCAAUAAGUUUUGGUCCGUUGAAGUUUAUUGACUGUGGCUACCAGGAUACUAUUGAUAACUUCGAACCGUUUUAUACUUGUAAAAAUGGCAGACGCAUAGGUAAAGAUCAACUAUGUGAUCUAUCCAUUGAUUGUUUUGAUGGCGAUGAUGAAUUGAAUUGUGAAAAUUACAGGAUUUACUCAUUUGAAGACAGCAGUGAAGCUGAAUACUGGACUAAUUUAUCAAAUGAAAAGUCAAAAUGGCGUUUGGCUAAAGCUGGUGAACAAAAUAUUGUAAUACCAACAAGAGACCAUUCGAAAGGAUUAGAUGAAUCGCAUUACAUGGCUUUUUAUCCAGAGAAAGAUCAUCUAAUGGAUGGUUCCGAGAGUAAAGAAAUUAAAUUAGCCAGUCCAGAGUUAACAUCAGUUGAUAAUUGUUCAAUGGUCUUCUAUUAUAAUACCGCUGGAGUCACUCUUUUAGUUUCACUUGUUGAUAGUAACUCUAAUUAUACCCAGUUACUUGAGUUACCAUCUGAUGAUGUUUUUGGUUUUAAACGUAAACUUAUAAACCUUAAAAAGGGUGACAUUUCAGUUCCAUUCAAUUUCGUUUUCACGGCUAGAUAUUCAGAAUCUGAUCAAGGAAAUUACCAGAGCAAUUAUUAUGCUGUUAUCGAUGACAUUGUUAUUAGUGGUUCAUGUUUUGAUAAAUCUGAAGAUCCAUUUAAUAACAUACAAUCUGGCUGUCCUAAAAAUGAAUUUCGUUGCAAAACAAAUGUUGGGUCAGUUUGUCUCACGAAUGAUAAAUUGUGUGAUCACAAUAUUGAUUGUUUGGAUGGCAUUGAUGAAUUUUAUUGUGGUCCUUGUGAAUUUGAUAGUCAAUCUCUUUGUGGUUGGACCAAUCAAGGUGAAAACGAUUGGGUUACUUUUGACAAAUACAAUGGAAAUAAGAAUGAUGCUAAAAUACCAGAAAAAAAUAAACCAAUAAAUUUCAUAGUUCCAGAAAAACGUUCAAACAACCUUCGAACUAUCCUUAAAUCACCAAGACUUGGUAAAACCUCAAUUGACUGUCGCUUUAAUUUCACAUAUUUCCUUGCUGAUAGAGCUACAAUGACAGUUAGAUUAAGAAAUGGUCUGGAAUCAAGUUCAAAAAAGGUGUUUGAUUUAGAUCAUACAAAUGAAUGGAAAGACAAGUCAUUAGAGGUUGGAUCACUUGACCCAGGUUAUUACAUUCAAUUUGUUUUAGAUGUUGAAUCAACUGAUGAUACGAGAGUACAUAGUGGACUAGCAUCUUUUCAAUUAAUAGAUUGUGAUCCCAUUAACGAUCCUACUACGACUACCAGUAAACCAGAAACUGAACAACCAAUAACUACAGAAUAUUAUGAACAAAUCAUUACUGAAGAUUAUGAACCAAUAUCUACAAUUGAACCAUCUCCUCAAACUGCAGUAACUACGACUGUUUCCGAACUAACGACACCUAAUAAAGAUAACCCUAUUACUGUUUCUAAUAUUGAAGUUCAAAAAUCUCGAGGAGUCACUUUUGGUUCAGUAUCAUUAAUUUUACUUGGAGCAGUGACACUUGUCUUGGCCUUUGUUUUCGUAGCCCUUUACGUGAGAAGACGAACCCGAUCUCAAAAUCAUCAGCCGCAUGGUAUUCCUUUGAGUGAAGUUGCCCCAGAGAACAAUUUGUUGUAGAAAACCAAGAGUUCAAGUCAAAUUUUUGAAGUUCAAUAAAUUAAAUUUAAGAGUA